AUGGCACUUGCAGAUUUUGCAUUGAGUAAUAUUUGGGGUGGUCUUUCCAGUGAUUUCAAAAAGAAGAAUUUCUCUCUUUAUGGUCAAUGGAUAAGUAUACUUACAAUUUUUUUAUGUUUGGCUCUUGGUGUAGCCAACAUUUUCCAUAUUGGACCAAUUAUUGUAUUUUCCAUAAUAUGCAUUGUUCAGGGAUUGAUCGUAUUGUUUGUUGAGAUUCCAUUUUUGUUGAAAAUCUGUCCAUUGACUGAUACAUUUGUUAAUUUUGUUAGAAAUUUUGAUGGCAAUUUACCUCGUUGCGGAUUUUAUUUAUUAAAUGCCGUCAUUCAAUAUUUGUCUUUGACAUUACAAGUAACUAGUUUAUUGGUAGUGGCCAUAUUAUUUACUUUUUCAAGCGCCUGUUAUGCAUUGGCAGCGUUGAAACACCAAGAGUAUUUGAAAUCAUCGCUUGAUGUUACUGGAACUGGUUCGGGUGGUGCAUUAGAAGCACAAGUUGGAGAACAUGUUGUUAGAAACGUGUUGUAG